CAUUGUCGGGAGUGAUCUGCAGAUUGGGCCAAUGGAAAUGGCAGCCCGCGAUCUUCGAGCCAUCGUGGGUGGUGCGCAUGGUGACGAUGGGGGCGUCGUUGAUGGUGCUGCUGACAUGGUCAUACAUGGCCUUGUAGAGACCAUGGGCACCAUCGGCAUGCUGGGAUGCAAGCUGGCUGCCAUCGAGAUCCAUGAAGAAAUUGAAGAGAGCGCUGGUGCGCUCGAUCAUGGAGACACGGUAGCCCUGCAAGUACUUGGCGAGGUACUGGCGAUGGAAGCGGUCGAGACCGGGCUCGGGAAUGUGGUGGGUCAGCCUGCCAGGAAUGAAGGGUGCCCCAUGGGUCUGGGGGAGCUCGCUGUUGCUGCGUUUGUACUCGGGAAAGUUGAAGGUGUCGCCGGGACGGGCAAACUCGACAAACUCGAGGUCCGUUGCGCUCCUCGAUCGAGUGGACGACCCAAGGGCGAUCGGGAACUCGCCAUCGAGAUCGGCCUGGAGCGGGACACACACGCGGACGACAAAGUGAUCGGAGAGGCGCUGAGCGAACUUGGCCAGAUCAGUG